UGAGCGUCGAGAGAGAUGGGGCAGGCUGGGGAUUCCGCGUGCAACAGGAGAGUGUUCCUCGCGGGGGUGCUGCACCUCGCGUAUCUCGUCAAGGAGGUGGAGGCCGGGAUCUGCAGCUAUGUGGAUAACAGUCUGCAGGUCUUUCACUUUCAGUGCCGUAGUUACCAGUAUUGCUGCGGCUUCAGCUGCUGCCUUUCCCCAGCCUUGUCAUUCUAUCGCCUCUGGUACUUCUGGCUCCUGAUGCUGCUGGCGGUGCUGGUCUGCUCCGGCGGAGGCUGCUGGUACCGGCUGUACCGUCGGCCCCAGCCGGACCGGGCGGGACUGUUCGGGAACACCUGGUACUCGUGGUACGGAUGGGUACCGCGGCGGUUCAGCCGGCAGGAGCACAACGGUUUCCCGGCUCACGAACACCCGCCGUUCAACGUCGGGCAUCAGCAGCACGUCUGGUCCUACUUCAAAGAUCCGCCUCCAUACAGCCAGGAACCGCCCCCAUAUCAUACGUCGUGGAUGUACCCAGAGCCAGAGGAAGUGGAGGAGGACCGGCGCCACUCCCAUUCGGGCUCCCAGGCCAGCGGAACCGCCCCGACGCCCCUCCGGGAGAGGGACGUGGAAGCGGACGAGGAAUCCCAACUCCCGAGUUACGCGGUGGCGUUCCAGAACCUCCCCAUGGAAGAGCAAAGGCGUGUCUCCCGGGGAUCCGUCUUCAGCGUGGGGCUUGGAAGCAUCCCAGGGGGAGAUGAAGGCCGUCCCUCGGCGGACGAAGCCGGUGAUGGAACGCAGAAGCUCCCUCCGGUCGAGGACCCUUCCGACCAACGUAGGAAAAGGGACGACCCAUAGCGUGCGGUUGGGGGAUGCCCUCAGGGGAUGACAGUGAGAAUCUUCCCGUCAAUGAAGGAAACAAGACGACUGUGGCGUUUCGCCGGGGGUGAUGCCCUCGAGGGAUGAGAGUAGUGGCCUUCCAUCAGACGACGUCAGUGACGUCACGCCAAGGAUUCCCCUCGGCUGGGGAAUCGCGACCGUCGGACUUCAUCCCUUUCUUGUCAUCCUUCCCCUCUUCCCCCCUUUCUACUACCUUCUCGUCCUCAUCUCAUCUUUCAUGUGAGCGCCAAACCCCGCCUGGAACGCUUCGUUCCAUAAAUUAUGCAUUUAAACCUCUGUAAGCUUAUUUAUGCUGAGAUUGUUCCGUCAUAUCACCCCGGUGUUGUCGUUGUUUGGCAUACAAAUUUCGUGUCGAGCACAGAAAAAAUAAACGCAGAAUUCUUUUUCCGAUUAUUCUGAGAGACAGUCACUUGUGAAACAAAGCAUCGGUCGAACAUAAAAUGCAGUCGAAAGCGAAUCAUCGUAACGUCCCAUGGGGACCACAAAUAGAGCUGUAAUCGGCGAAGCAAGUGUCCAAAUGGGGGAGUAGAGCCCUAUCACAGUAGCACCGUCGGGGAUAAAAAGAAAAAAAUAGGGCUUUCUGGGAUUUCGUGACUUGACCC